AUGUCUAAACUCUUGUUUAACGAUGUUAUGGCCCUAGCCUUACUACCGACAACCCCAAAUCAUACGACAUCGACAGGUGGCAUCGUCAAGCGUUACAUGAGUCUUUACCCAGCUUGGGUACCAGGAUCUGAACUCGUUGGCGGCAAAGGCCGCGGGUCCAAGGCAGAUCCUCGAGCUGCAUAUGGGGGCCAUGUUUACUGUCAGGCACCGCUAGCUGCAAGCCGAGCUGUGAAAGAAGAGGAACCUGAAGGAUCCGGGACGCAGUCCGGGGGGUUCGGGCUUCAUGCCAUUCAAGGAGUUUUCUCAGCUGCCGCCAAGUCAGACAGGCCAUUCAUAUAUGAGGUCACCGUUCUCUCGACUAGCCGGACAUUCUGCUCUCGCCUGGUGACUGUGCGCCAACCAAAGGAGACGAGCAAACGCGACCACUACGAAGACAGCUUCUUGCUUGAGGAUGCUGAAGGGCCUUUGGGUGACAUCUGUUUCAGUUGCAUAUGCACCUUCAAACGGCCAGAGGAAGCCCGAGUCGUUUCUCAGGAAGAGCCACCGCAAAAACGCUUCGCCGAAAUCUUGUCAACCAAGUCGCCACAAGAUUGGCCAUUCGCACCGGCGGUUGACGUGGAAGAAAUCAAAGCCAUGUUUCCGGAUGUCGGCCAGACAACGUUUCCCAUUGUUGACAUGCACAAAGUCGACUUGACGGCUUACAAUGAAGGAAAGUCGGUCUCAGAGAGGAAGGAACUCCUCCUAUAUCGUCUCAAAGGCCCUCUCCCAGCGGACGAUCCCAAUUCUCAUGUUGCUGUUCAUGCAUUCGAGUCCGAUCGCAACGGGCUGUUGAUGAUAUGCAACCACGUUGGUCUCGGAUGGAGUCUGGGCACCGCAGCCAGCUUAACGUACAAGUUUGUUGUCCACGUCAAUGUCGACCAAGCCGUGAUGAAAGACGAUGGCUGGUGGAUUCAGGAGGCAUCAUUUCCUCGGACUGGCCAGGGGCGAGGGACAUUGAUCUGUAAGAUGUGGAGUCCCGAGGGUGUACAUGUCGCUACCGGGUAUCAAGACGGCAUACUUCGAGAGCGGAGAACAGAGGGGGAUAAGAUUAGUCAAAAGCUAUAA